AAGAGCGGAGGGAGGCAAGGGGAAGGGAGGACGACGAAGAUGGGCUGAGCAUGUAACCGACCCCCACAGCGAGAGCGCUCUUUAUACGGCCAGCGGCCAGCGUUUACCUACAGCAAUACCAUAAAUAAACAAGGAUCCCCCGUGUUUCCUGGGAGCAGAGGGCCGCCUGGACUCCGGGAUCAGGAGCAGGUUGGGUGAGCCACCAGGAGAGUCCUGGCUCCUAAGUGGUCCGAGCGCCCCUAUUCCCACCAGGAGAGCCCGGCCCAAGAAGGUGAGGAUGGAGCGGGCCUCGCCCCUGAGCCCCGCAGCCCGUGCUUUGCGCCCCGCCCCCGCCCCCAGCAGAGCGCUGGGGGUCCAGCGGCCAGCCCCGCCCGCGUUUGUCCGGGGCGCUCUAGGGCCUCGGUCUCCUGGAGACGCAAGCGGAACACUGCUGAUGCUCAGUGCCGCGGCCGCGUCUGGACACCGACCUUGUAGCUGCUCCUCCCGCUCUCUUGAUUGGCCCCUCCCUCCGACUCACCACUGCUCCCCUGCGGCCCCAGGACCCUGGCUCUUAGUGUCUCACCCUAUCCCUAACCCGCCCCCCAGCGACCCCGCAGCCGCUCUCCACCCACCCGGACGAAGCCCUGGAUAUGCGGGCGUCGCCUCCCCCAACCCGGCAAGUGCUGGGCCGCGAAGUCUCCAUCGAAGGCCUCCGCGGGUCAGCACGGAAGUCCUCCCAGCUGGUGCUGCCUGCCCUGGGGCGAAGAAAAAAAAAAGGCCCGCAGAAAUGAGGAGUUCACCACCUCUUCUCCAAGAUGAAGCCCUUGAAAAAUGGUGUGGCCCCAGACGGGAUCUCCACCUUCAAGAUCAUCACCUGGACCAGAGGAUUACAACUCACUCACCACAUCCAGCUUCACCUAGAGGCUUCCCAGGUACAAGAAGACUGCCACAGAGCUGGAAGAUGCUCUGGACCAAGCUAGAACAGCCCUACAGAAAAUGUAGGAACUGCUUCUUUUUAAAAAGACUGCUUUUUUCUUAAUACAUCUGUAAAGGUUUUUAAUUUGUCUCAUCUCUGGUCAAGUUGAGAUUUUUAAGAAUAUCAUUUUUAAUUUGUAAUAAAACUUUAAACUUGAUUUUUUUUUUCAAAAAGUCAAAAAAGUGCAAGCACCUGUUAAGAAAAAUUUUAAUAAAAAAAGAAAGUUUACCCAGACCUCAGACCCUCUGCCACUCCUUCCUUGAAUAACUGUUUAAAGCUAUCUUUCAAAGUUUCCAGAUAUAUGAACUUUUUUCCUUCAUAUCUUCCAUGAUUGAUUUCCAAUCCAAUCGCAUUUGUGGUCAAACAGUGAGGCUGCAUGACACCAAUCACUUGAAACUUUUCAGCUACCUUUAUGACCUUGCCCUGGCAAGUGUCAUAAAUGUUUUACAUGGCUUCAAAAGCAUUCUGCUCUCCAGUGCUGGGCGCAGUGGUCCAUGCCUACCCAUCAGCUCGGGCUCAUUCGCUGUGCUGUCACUUCUUCUACACCCCUGCCACAAUGUUUUUCCUACCUGAUAUAGUAACAGCUGAGGCAAGAGUGGUACAAUAUCACAGCUUAUUUGUUCAUUUCUCAUAAUUCUGUGACGUUCUGCUUUACGCAUUUUGGAACCACGAUUUAGCUGUAUGUCAGUUCAGAGCUGUUAUCUUUUUCUAGUGAAAUAAACAUUUUAAACUCG